AUGCUUCGGCAGCACCUGUCUCAUUCUCAUCUCUCGUCGAUGUCGUGCUUCAUCAGAAAAGUGAAGCGUGACUUCAGCAAAGCAGCUGUUUGUCAUCGCUCCGUUGUGGCCCAAGGGAUCCUACGCCCAGUGCCCUUAGAGCACCGAGCCCACCUCCGCGCCAUGUCGUCGACGAAGAAGCAGUCGAAGGCUUCCAAGAGUGCAGACUCCAUCAAUGCACGUCUGCAGCUGGUCAUGAAGAGCGGCAAGUACAGCCUGGGGUACAAGACCACCCUGAAGACUCUUCGUCAGGGAAAGUCCAAGCUGGUGCUCAUCUCCAACAACUGCCCUGCCUUGAGGAAGAGUGAGAUCGAGUACUAUGCCAUGCUGGCAAAAACAGGAGUCCACCACUUCCAUGGUGACAACAACGAGCUGGGCACGGCUUGCGGUCGGUACUACCGCGUGAGCUGCCUGUCCAUCACCGAUCCGGGCGACUCCGACAUUAUCCGCUCCCUGCCCGGUCAAGAGUGA